CACCAUUAUCAAAUCCUUGGUAGGUUGGUAUGCGUCGAGGAGUUAAAAAGAGGCCGAAAACAUAUAGAUAGAGACCAUCCGUCAUUAUUCGCCUCCUCUACCCUCAUCAGCAAGUUGUCAUUGAGCUUCUGCAUACAUAUAAAACCCUGCCAAGAGUCCUCAUCGACGCCUUCAUCUCACGCAAAUCUCGACUUUGUCUCAAGCCAACAUCACCACUCCACCAUGAUCCUCUCUCUUCAAUUCCUCACCAUCGCCCUCGCGGCCACUGUUGCUGCUCGUCCCGGGGACUGGGACAAGGGAAGAAAGCCCGGCCCCAACCCGCCAAGCAGAUCUACUACCACCAUCGCCACAACCACCACAGCCGCCGUCUCUACAACUACAAAGCCUCCCCAACCCUCAUCACCAGCAUCCAACAAAUUCUUCCCCUUCUGGCCUUUCCGGGGCCCCAAGAGCAACAACAACAAAUGCUGGAGUGACUUCAAAGAUUGCCGUCGGAACCCUGACUCUGGGUCUGGAGCAUGCGUGUCUACCUACGCCGCUUGCAUCGGGACUCAAGCCAGUUCCCGCAUGCCAGCCACAUCUGUCACUUCAGCCCCGGGAGGAAUGCCUACAUUCAACCUGCCCCAUCCUCUCCUUCCUCCGCUGUCGCACCUUGGCAAACAUCAUGGCCGAGUGAGGAAGUGUAACGAAGCUUAUUGGGCUUGCCGUGCGCAAUCUGGAGGGAAGCAGUCGAACUGUUAUUCGGAUCUCUCUACUUGUCUUGCAAACAUUGGUAGUUCGGCUACUUCUACUGGCGUGCCUCCCAGUUCUACCGGUUCAGCUACUGCUUCGGCGACUAGCACCUCAGUGGUCGCUGCUAACCCUACCGGUCAAGACGACGACGAUGAUGAUGAUGAUGACGAUGAUGACUCGUCGCCUUCCAACACCACUUCUUAA